GGCGUGCAUGUAGCAACCCGGGGACAAUAAUUUAGGCCCCUUUUCCGCCCCACUUUCAUCACGCUCGCAUACGACAACCGGGGCGGAGCCCGCUGUCGUACUCGCAGGGCAGGACCACACCAUCACAAGGGAGGUUUUUUGCCAGGACAGCGCGGGAUUUAUUCACGGCUGAAUUGAUGCCUUUAACGCGGGGGAAAGAUACGGGGGAUUCGAGGAAACGAGCGCAUGCCACGUCCAGCUCGAGCCAUGUUCCGGUUGAGAGCAGUCGCGUCGCUCCGAGACAACGGGGACGAUGGGAACUUCGGCCGGUCGGACUACGCGCGCAAGAACGGCCUCGACAAGAUGGUGGGCUACAUCAGAUCGGCCGACGACUCGAAACUAGAAGAACUCAUGGACAUCCUGCGGUUUUUCGACGAGUGGCGGGCCUCGCUGGAGGCUAGACCGACGCUGGGCGGCCGCGCCUGGAAGGCGUACUUCAUCACCGACCACUCGUGGACCGACAUCCGGGUGUGCAUCCUCGGCACCGUGUAUGUGUCGAUACCUGUUCGAGAGAGACUCGAGGUCCAAGAUCUCCCCGUUGAGCGAUGUUCCCCACUUCAUCAACCUUCGCUAUAUAGGCCAGGUAUUACGUGCAAACAAGCUAGGCCGGCCCGAGAUGCGGCAUAG